CGUGUUACCUCUGUGCGACAUGGCGCUCAGGCUCCUGGAGGAGGACGCGCUGCUGCGGGAGCUGGGGGACAGCCGCCGCCGCUUCCAGAGCCGCAUGCGGCAGCUGGUAGAGAAGUACAACCAGCCCUUCGAGAACGACCCGCUGGUGGAGAUGGCCACACUGACCUACGAGACGCCCCAGGGACUGAGGAUAUGGGGUGGAAGGCUGGUGAAAGAAAGAAGUGACGUGCCCAUCCAGGUCAAGAGGAACAGCAGCACCCCGCCAGCCGUGGCUCGAGGUCGUGAGCUCUCCGUGGACAGCACAGGAGGGCUGGAAGCUGAUUCAGAGGGCAGUGCUGUCGACGCGUCUCCGGACCGGGAGGCUGCGGCCAGCUGGGCUGCAACGCCUGUCGUGCCUCAAGGGCCCUUGGAAACCGAACUGAGAUGGAAAUAUUUGACCCAAGUGGAUAUACUGCUGCAAGACGCAGAAUUCUUUGAGAGAGCAGCGCGGAGGGAUGGACAGGACCCCUGCUGGACCCUGGCCACGCCUGCCCCUGGAAAUGCUGAUGUUGGCCCAGCGAAGCCAGCUUCGUCUCCCCAGGAAUGGGGCCCCUCCUGUCCUGGCUCAGCAGACACAACCAUGGUUCCCGAAGAUGCCAGCCUCUGCCUCCUGGGGACGGACAGGAACAGCUCCUGCGGCAGCCAGGGCUGGGCCACCAAGGACAUGUGCGACGUGACCAUCAGUGACCUGUACGCAGGGAUGCUGCGCUCCAUGAGCCGGCUGCUGAGCACAAGGCCUGCGGGGGUCAUCUCCACCAGGACCUCUUUCCUGCGCGCCUGGAGCUGCCGGAGGCGGCAGAGGCACAAGAGCAGACUGAACAGGACAUACUGCAAGCUCAGCAGGCCCUCCCACAGGGGAGCCACGCGUCCACCCGUGCCUUCUCCCAAGCCCGGCGCCAGGGCGGGAGUGCUGACAGAGUGCGGGAACCUCCUGGACGUUUCUCACCGAAAGACGGGUUCCGAGCUGAAGGAAGCUCUUGAAGAAAACAAGUCCCCGUGUAAGACGUUGGAUCCGGACUGGAAAGAGCUGCCGUUAACGCCCUGGAGGAAAGCCGCGUGGGUGCCCCAGGACGCCAGCCCCGUGCGAGACUUGGGCCGGGAGAACAGGCUGAGGACACUGCAGUGGCUGAUCUCCCCUGUGAAGAUCGUCUCCAGGCCAGGGGUGCUCCAGGGCCACGGGCAGCACCGUUAUAGGGAGAUUGAGGUCAGGUUUGAUAAACUGCACCAGGAAUACUGCCUGAGUCCCCGUCAGCAGCCUGGCCUGCCUGGCCUCGCGGGCUUCUGGGCCCUGGAUGUACGCGGGGGCCGGUCUUGGAGCCCCGGGCACUCAGAGACCCAGAGGCCGAGCCCAUCUGUGAGCAGAGCCAAAGGCAGAAGGUUGAGGGAAGCCUUUGAGCACCUGGGCAGAUGCCUGGGAGCAGGCGGAGGCCCAUCAGAGGGCAGCCUCUGCCCCUCUCCUACCAGGACUGGCCCCCUCUGCCCUUCACCUGCAAGGACUGGUCUGCCGCGCCCCAGCCACCCACAGCAGGGCCAAGGGAGCAGCCCCAGCUGGUCUGGAAAGCUGGCACCCAGCAGAGCCAUUUCAGGGCCAAGGACAGAGUCUCUGGGCAGCCAGCGGAGUCGGUAUGAUGAGAUUAAAGAGGGUUUUGACAGACUGCAUCAGAAGUACUGCCACAAGCCCCAGCAGGCCACAGCACCUGCACAUGGAGCCGGCAUCCAGGCUCGGCAGCCCGCAGACGACACCCUGCACUCCUGGCUCCAGAAGUCGUCGCCCCAGUGCCACAGACAAAGCCUGCUGGGCUUGAGCACAGCACGGGAUGGGGCAUCAGCUGACACCACCAGGCAGGACUAUCAGACCCCUGCAAAGCGACGCCGACUGUCCGACCCACAGCUGCAUGUGUCCUGGGCCAACCCCCGCAACUCCAAGGUCGUGCCCAGUCCAGGACCACCCGGCGAGAAGGUGCAUUUGUGA